AUGGCGCUGAAAUCGAACGAGAAACAAGUGCUGUUAACCUUCGACCUCCCAGUCGGCAAUUUCAAGGUCACUGUCGACAACUCUUUCAAAGACGUAAGUUGCGCGAGAAUUAACGAUGGUCAACUUGAACGAUUUGACUUGGCCAACGCCUUACCCAAAGAAACUGGCUACAUGCUUAUGGCGAGGCAAAUUGACGGACAAGGAAUCAUUAAAUUCGGAAGAAAUGGCGGACCAGCUGAAGAAAUUGAUACAUCCGAGCUAUUGACUGGCCUCGGAUCGAUUUCAAAAUCCCUUGGGACGGAAGAACUCAAACUUAAUUACUUGCUGAUUACUCCUCUUUCAUCGAAAAAUUCAAAAACAGGAAACAGAUCUUGGCGAAAAUCGCGUCCAUUGGAAGUGGGCCAUCGGGGAUGCGGAAAUUCUUUCAAUACAAAGAACAAAGAUAAUGUCGUCGAUCCAAGUUUGAUGGCCAACAUCCGUGAGAACUCGAUUCAUUCUCUCACUACGGCGAGAACGAUCGGCAAUGCUGAUAUGGUUGAAUUUGACGUGACAAUUACGAAGGAUUUGGUGCCGAUUAUUUACCAUGAUUUGUCAGUUCUCCAAAGAGGGGAUGAAGUUAAGAUCAAGGAUCUCACGCUCGAAGAAAUGCGAAGUAGUGACGUUUGCGACAUGUCCCGAAAAACCCUGACACACACGCCGACCUUUGACCUCACAGACAAAGUUCCAGGAUCAGAGACGUCUCCAACUUUCGCUGCUGUUUCUGAUGAUGUCGAUUCGGGCGUUGAUUUCAAUGUGGAACUCAAGUGGCCGCCGAUGGACUCGGCAGAGGAGAAGGCAUUCUUUGAAAUCAACGACUAUUGUGACAGGAUUAUUGAUGUCGUCAGAAAUAGCAAGACAACAAGAGGCAUCGUUUACAGUUCGUUCUCGCCUCGAGUGUGCGCCUGCCUGAAAUUCAAGCAAUCAGAAUUCGAAGUCAUCCAACUUGUCUGGGGCGAUUCCGGACACUACGGAUUCCACCACGACUCUCGAGUAAAGACCAUUUCAAAUGCUGCUGCUUGGUGCGAGUUUCUGGACAUGGCGGGUGUCAAUACUCUCGUCAACGAUGCUCUGAAAAAGGACACCUUCGAGAAGAGUUUGAAGGAUAUUCGCGACAGGAACUUGGUCAUCGGAGUUUAUGGCGAUUUGCUGAACUACGAAGAGAACAGAGUCUAUUGUAGAAAUCUCGGCCUUGAUCUUGUCAUUUACGAUAAUAUCCACGUAUUCAAUAAAACUUCUUAG